AUUUUCGACUCCCUCCAUCUUUCGCGACAUGUGGCCUAGUGCACCGGUACAAUCCAAAGACAUCUCUUCCAGUUUAUUCCACUGCCACAUCCUUGAGCGGAGAGACUCCGCAGGCCAAAACUCUGGAGCAAGGUCCUUGGUCUUAGUCUCCUAGCCUGUUGCCACACAACGAAAUGGCAUCAGCAACAAGCCGUAUACAAUGCGGCGUCUGUGGCCGCAAGUUCAGCAAGAAUGAACAUCUCAGACGGCAUGAUCGUUCCCACACUAAGGAGAAGCCAUAUGAAUGUCCUGUUUGCCACAAGUCAUUCGCACGCAGCGAUGUACUUGUCCGUCAUCUAAGGAGCCAUCCAGCAACGACUGUUACCCCGGAGCCUCUCAAUUUUCCCUCCGGUCAAGAGUCUUCGGGACAGCACGCGACUGUGCCCCCGGCACUUGAACCAUCGCCACAGCUGAGGGAGAUUGAGUUUCCAAGCCCGUCGGGCCAAAACCGCACAUUGCUUUCAUCCCUAUCCGGAGGGAUACCAGCGCAACAGCAAGAUGAGACACAAAGUCUUGUCAAUGAGGGACCAGGUGACCCGGCAGCAUCAGUAGGUCGUGAGGCGCCGGCUAUACCACGUGAUACUGUAGACCCUCAGACUGCCAUGACCUUUAUACUCAGAGAACGUAAUUUUCACAGCAACAGCUUUGCAUCACUACAAGGCCAUUUCCAGGAUUCAGACAUGUCGAAUGAUAUAGACGUUGUGGCCACGCACUCUGCCCAAGAUUGGCCUGCUACACGCGAGCGCGUGGACGCUGGCCGCAAGGUGUCUACGACUGCCCUGACUAAAGACAUGUUGGCAGCAGAAAGACCUGACACUAUUGCCGACAUGACGCUUCCAGAUUUUGACGCAACGUUUCUCUCUCUGCCAAAUUCGUCGAUGACACCAUGGGACUAUGUUAUGCAGAAUGAUCUAUUGAACUUCAUGGAUGAUCCGCUACCAGAUCUACUACAUCAGGGUCCUUUUCCAGACAUUGCCCAGACUUGGCUUGGUACCCCAAGCCGAGCAGCCUUUUACAUUGAUGAGCAGCACAACAACACAACUGUUUCUGGAACCCAGGACGAUAGAGCGAUCCCAACAGACAGAACGCGUCACGCUUCUGCCGCAAGGGUAGAAACAUCGCUCUCAGCAACGCUUUCCUCGAAUGAAACCAUCCCAGAAGGUUGCAUCAAGGGUGUCGAGAAAUAUUGGCCCUCCAAUAGACGAAGAGCACAAACGCUCAUGGUAUCUUGCUGGCACAAGGUGCAAGACACACACUGCAGAAACAUUUAUUGCGCAGCAAACGACGAUGAUGCUUCGGAGGGUCACUAUCACCGGCAGACUGGGCCGUGGGGUUACGAUGACGACUGUCGGUCAAGGAUCAAACAGCUGUUAUGUGCGCAGGCGCCCGUAUUGUUGGUUGACGAACAGGGGAUUGCAGAAAAACCGACCGAUGCAAGCUCCAGCUUGGAUACACCGAUGACGGAGUCUGUCCCCAACCUCGAAAUGCCACCGAAAGAACUGUUUACGCUUGUACUUGAUUUCUUCUUUUGGCGAUUCGGUGCGGCUCACCCCUAUAUUCACAUGCCCACGUUUUCGGCAAAGGCAUGCUCGAGUGAGCUCUUGCUUGCAAUCACGGCAAUAGGGUUUUGCUCGUUGGGCAGUCGAGAAGCGAAAUACUUCGUCCAUCGCUCAUACGAGACUCUGCUGAGCCUUGUACCUUUUCAGUUGAACGUAUACGUCAAACCACCCCCUGAUCCUACCAAACAAUUGACUACCAUGCUUACGGCACUCUUGACCCUACACCUGGGUUUUCUCUCCAACAAUCGAGGUCACUUAGACCAGAUGGAGAAGCUGCACGCAAAUCUGAUCUCGUUUGCGCAGUGGCAUGGGAUGUUUUCCGUGCCUAGGGAUCUCUCUUCCCAGCUUGCCCCAGAUAGCGACUUGGGAGCAGACUCAGCAUGGAUUGAGUGGAGCAAGAGAGAGAGUAUCAAAAGAUUGGUCAUGGGCCUGGUGGAGAUGGAUUGCUUAGUGGCCGGCUUUCUUUCCACGCCAUUAAUCGUGCGGGCAGAGUUCACUCGAAUAUGGUUGCCAUCCAGUACCAACCUCUUUCAAGCGCGGUCGGCCAAAGCGUGGGCAAAAAUGGUGACAGGCGGUGCCGUAGCAGAGAUGCCAGCUGUCACACCGUUUUCCGUACCAGCUCCAAUAGUCGCCACGAACCCGAACAGUCUAUAUGGCAAUAUCAUGUUGCUUUACUCCGAGGUCUACCAGUCAAAUCAGCUCUGCCUGCUACUGGAUGAGUCUUCGAACGACCCGCAAGAACUGGCACCCUGGCGAGACUGUAUAAAUCGUCAACCCGGCAAGUCCAUUUUAUCUCAUCUCCUGCAACUCCAGCGCAUGUCGGAAAACUUUCAGUUCUCUGGCAAAGUGGACAUAAAUUCUGCGGUAAUGUGGCAUACUUGUUGGCUGCUGCUUAGCACCGAUUUCCGAAUGCUCGAGCGAGCAGCGGGCCAGGCUGGGCCUACCGCCGCACAAGCAUCCCUCGGGCGCCUGCGCCACUGGUCACGCUCCGCGACUGCUCGACGGGCGUGUUUACAUGCAGCCGCUAUCGGGAGCUUGAUUUUCAACCGAAGAGCAUCCGAUGUGAUAAGUAUGCACCUCAUGAAUGCACUUUUCCGAGCAGCUUUGACCAUGGGCUUCUACGCACUGACGUCGCCAGCUUCCGAGCAAAGGGAAGACACGGCCAUGGACUUUUUUGCAGAUGUCGAUUGGGACUUGGUCGGAACUUGCGGCGUCAGCGAUACCGUCGACUUUGACUUGCCCCUCGGAAAUGCAUCGCACGAGGACUCUUCGAAAGCUGUCAAUUUCAUCCGUAAUGGGAAUGCGUUCGAAGUCAAUGGGGCUCUGCUCGAACCUGGCUAUGCCUCAGCUCGCCGAACCUUUCUACACUACGCAAACCUGCUCGAAACGGUCGGCAGUAAGCAGUGCAGAGCAUUUCUGCAGAUAUUGCAUACCAUUAGCGACGAUCUUGUCAAAAUCAGUCCGGACCUCGACCUCGAAUGACCAGGCUCAUCAAAAAUCGGCCAUACUGGAGGAUUUGACGACUACCUUCUUCGUGCAAUUCGUUCGAGGCUGACAAGAGGAGACCCCGGCAGUGAGUGCUGAGAUGAAAAAUAUUCCGUGCAUCUGGAAGGAGUGGGACCCCUUUCUGCUAAAACACCAUGCCAGUAUCGACCUUCGUGUCGGAAUGACAAGCAAGGAAGUCUUACUCUAAGCAUACGGGGCAUCCAUGACGUUGAUGUUCACCGAAGCCAUGGAAUGGGAUGUUGCACUUUACCAGUGCCAACGAGACUUUUGAAGUGACGCAAGAGGUCUUCAAACGGCGAGUCGCUGUUGCGGCAUACAGCCCGCAAUUUUAAUCUUCCGGAUUUCCCAGCAGGAAGUUGUUUCGUAGAGCUCAAUAGAAGAGUGACUAGCCAGCCCGAAAAUGCC